AUGGAUGUCGGUCCUAGUGAACGUCGAUCAGUAACAGCUUCGAACAGAAGACUCCGUGAAUUAGAGAGACGUGGACGUGGAUGUGGACGUGGACGUGCUCGAGUGCAUGAUGAUGACAUGCACAUUGCCAUGGAUGAUGAUCCUAUACAUGGGGCACCAGUUAUGGAUGAUAUUGCUAUGGAUGAUGACCCUAUUGGUGAUGGUGCUAACAUUGUUGAUGAAGAUAUCCUUACUCAGCCAUUUCCGGAAGAUCCAACUGGUCCAUCAAUCUUUAAAAGUUUUAAAAGUCAUGUUGCCGCAGCUAUUUGGAAUGGACUUGCACAAUUAGCUCGUUGCACAUACCGCCUUGUCAAUAAAAUUGUAGUGUCUAGUUUUGUUGAGAGAUGGCAACCAGAGAUAAAUACCUUCCAUUUGACUGUUGGAGAGAUGACUAUCACAUUGGAUGAUGUCGCCACUAUCCUAGGGCUUCCCAUUGUAGGCAAAUCUAUUAGCGUGUGUAAGUUGUCAGAAAGGCAGGCUGUUACAUUAGUAGUUAAUACCUUGGAAAUUGAUGAGCAAGAAGACAGACAUGAGAUGUCUACUGCUGGAGACAAUUCAGUGAGGCUUGAGUGGUUGAGGGCACAGUUUCAUAAUGUCACAGACAAUGAUUCAAUGGAAAGAAUUGCAUGUGCAGGUAGAGCAUACUUGCUAUUUUUUUUGGGUUGUACACUUUUUAGUGAUAAGACAUGUACUAGGGUCCCCGUUGUUUAUUUGAGUUUGUUGUCCGAUUUGACGACUGUAUCUUCAUAUGCUUGGGGUGCUGCUUCAUUGGCAUACUUAUAUAGGCAGUUGGGGUACGCUAGCAGGUCCGACGUUAAACAAAUAGCCGGUUACAUGACACUCCUUGAGGGGUGGAUUUACGAGCACUUUCGUGGAUUCCGACCACACUUGAAUAUGAAUUACACUCAAGACAUGCCAUAUGUUUACCGUUGGACUUAUCGGAGAGAGUGUGGUGAAGAGACACAGUUGCAGGCUUUUCGAGAGGAGCUUGAUAGGUUGGGUAUACAUGAUGUUAUUUGGGACCCGUACCAGAGUUGCAGAGAUGUCCAUCCAUGUCAUCCAGUUACGUUCUACCACAGUUGCCUAAAGUGUUUGGAAGUAGUUGGACCAUAUCACCCUGAUAGAGUGUUGAGACAGUUUAGCAGAGUGCAGACAAUCCCUAAUCCACCACUUGGCCCUAUGUGUGCUUCUCGAAGAGCCACAGCUCCACGCUACAAUGUUAUGUAUGCAUACUUGGACAUUAUUUUGGAGGCAUGGGACAACCAUGUGUUAUCUGAUCGGAGGAGGAGUACACCAGUACGGCAACCUUGGGAUUGUGUUCCUGGUUACAUGGAUUGGUACCAAACCAUUACCCAUAUGCACGUACAAAACACAUCGUGUCGUUCUCAAGUGGAUCCGAAUAUCCAUCAUUAUCAGUAUCCUAGCCAAUACACACAGCGUAUGUCACAGAUACAUCAGAUUACUCAUCCUUUCAUUGAGGCUUGCUAUGAGGACAGUGUUCAACAUCCUGAUAGGCUUUACUACGCAAUUGAUGCAAUCGAACAACUUCUUCAAGAUCAGCACAUUAGUGAAGCUGCGCCCAGCACAUUCACUCAGGGUCGAUCUGCACCCAGCUCUUCUGCUGCACAUCGUUUUGGAGCACAUUACACUCGCCGGUCACAUAGUUAA